UAUCAUUUUGUUACAGAUUAUUAUUCUAUUCCAAAAUAUCCAAUCAUUGAGUAUAAAUAACAACUUCAAAGUCAUGGAAGUGAAGCUUUAUUAAUCAAAAAUGGUCGAUGGUUGAUGCAGGAUUAAUAUAAUUGAUCUUGGAUGUACUAAAGCUAUAUCAGACUUGAUAUUAUAUUGAAUUCUAUAAAUACGUUUCAAUUGUAAAGAUUUCUUCAACAUGAGACGAAAUAAUAAACUUAUAUUAGUGGUUGGUGUCAUGUGGUUGACUGGAACUAUUUAUUACAUGAAAUCACCAACGUCAGAAGAUCAAAAAGAGAUUCGUGGAUGGAGUGAUGAUGAUGAUGCUCAUGUCAAGAGCGAUUCAAAUCGACAACCUUUACAUUGGAAUAAUGCAGAUGCCAAUGCAAAUGAAAAAGACAACAAAAUACAUUUCAAUUCAAUAACUUUCGACAAUCAUAAUAAAAAUGGUCCUAUUAUGGACAAGCUAAUGCAAAACAAGAAUUCUAAUCAAGUGCCGCUUGUUAACAUUUUUGAGUUUCAUGCUACACAAGCGCCUGAAACAAAUCUUGAACGAUCCUCGUUACAUGAUGGAGUUUCAUGGAAAAAUUUUGAUGGAGAAUCUUAUAUUGGUCCGAAACGUGUUAAAGCUGGAGGAGACAAAUACAAACGUAAUAAAUUUAAUCAAGAAGCAUCUGAUAAUAUACCAAUGGAUAGAAAAGUUCCAGAUACAAGGCAUGCUAGAUGUGAAAAGCAAACAUGGGACAUUUCAAAACUUCCGCAAACCAGUGUAAUCAUAACGUAUCAUAAUGAAGCAAGAUCCACACUUCUACGAACUGUUGUCAGUGUAUUGAACAACAGUCCAGCUGAACUUAUAAGAGAAAUAAUUUUAGUGGAUGAUUUCAGUGAUGAUCCUUCUGAUGGCGUAGAGAUGGAAAAAAUCGAAAAAGUUCAUGUUCUUCGUAACAAGAAAAGAGAAGGAUUGAUGAGGUCUCGAGUUCGAGGUGCUGAUUUUGCAACGGCUCCUGUUCUCACUUUUCUCGAUUCGCAUGUUGAGUGCAACAUAAAUUGGCUCGAACCUUUGUUAGAGCGAAUUGCUGACAAUAGCAAAGCUGUCGUCUGUCCCAUUAUUGAUGUUAUUAAUAUGGAUAAUUUUCAAUAUAUUGGUGCAAGUGCGGACUUGAAAGGAGGUUUUGACUGGAAUCUUGUAUUUAAGUGGGAUUACAUGACAGCUGAAGAGAGAAAGGCGAGAAGACAAAAUCCAGUUUCACCUAUUGCAACGCCGAUGAUAGCUGGUGGUCUAUUUUCAAUGGAUAAGAAUUACUUUAACGCACUUGGAAAAUAUGACUUAAAGAUGGAUGUGUGGGGAGGAGAGAAUUUGGAAAUUUCAUUCAGGGUAUGGCAGUGUGGAGGUCGGCUUGAAAUUAUACCUUGCAGUAGAGUCGGCCAUGUCUUUAGGAAACAACAUCCAUACACAUUCCCUGGUGGAAGUGGUAACGUUUUUACUCGAAACACACGCAGAGCUGCCGAAGUAUGGAUGGAUGAAUACAAAGAAUUUUAUUAUUCGGCCGUACCCUCAGCAAAAAUGGUAUCUUUUGGAAACAUUGAUGACAGAUUAGAAGUACGAAGAAAAAAUCAUUGCAAACCGUUCAAAUGGUAUCUAGAAAAUGUGUAUCCUGAAUUAAGGGUGCCAAACAAAGAAGCAGUUGCAUUCGGGGCAAUUAAACAAGAAUCUUCGGGAUCGUUGUGUAUGGAUACACUUGGAAGUUUAGAGGGAGGAAAAAUCGGCACUUAUGAAUGCCACGAUUCGGGUGGAAAUCAGGAAUUCUCACUGAACAAAAAAGAUCAAAUUAUGCAUUUGCAUUUAUGUUUUAUGGCGGUUGAUGGAUUAUCACAGGGCUCUGUCAUUAAAUUGAUGAAGUGCAAUGAGAAUUCAGCCCUACAGAAAUUUGAUAACAGCAACAGCGAAAUUCGAGUUAAAGGUCUCAACUUAUGCCUUGAUAGUCGUAAUGUUGAAGAAAAAGGAAUUACUUUAGCGAAGUGUUCAAACAGAUUAUCACAAUCUUGGUCAUUUACCAUGAACAAUCUACAAACCUGAUCUACUUCAUCAUAUCACCUUGUUCAACAACUUCCUAUGUGACCAAGUAAUUCUGCUGUGUUUGUAUUUUUUUCACCUAAAUUUAUUCUGAUGAUAAAUCGUGCUGGAAAUAUGUCGUAGAUAAUUUUUGUUCUAGUAUACUUCUGCUUCAUCUAAAUAUCUAGGAAAAAUGUUGAUUUUCACUGGGUUGUAAAACAAGCGCUUCUCACUCAGCUAGAUGUUAGCUUUUUAUUUUGCUUAUACUUUUCUGUUGUUUAUGCUUUGAGUAAACUCGCAUGUAAACCUAUUGCCUAACACCUUAUUUACUUAUGAUGUUGCAACUGCCGACAACUGUGAAAUUGGAGUUUCAUGUAUUACAAGUUUAUUAAGCAGUACAUUUUUUAUAAGGUUAAACUUUUCACAUGGGAAUAAUGCAGUUUCAUAAUUUUUUUCUUUAUAACAUUUAGCUUUGUAGAUUCUAUAGAAGCCAGUAGCCAGUCUAUUCUAUUAUGGGAUGAUCUUGAAUUUCGAUGUUUUUAAAUAGUGCACUUACAAUAUCAUUUGCUAUAUGAAGUAGAUAACUUGUGUUCGAAAAAAAACUUUAGUCUGAACAAAACCAAAAAACAUAGAUCUGUGUCGGCUUCGAUUAAAAAGUUUGCAGUUAUUUCUCUAAUAGUUUUAUUUUUUAAUACAAUCGAUACUAUUUUCAACCUACCGGUGUCUAUUUUUGUGGGGUGAUUUACGUUUUUUCUUUCAACAAAAAGCUACUGAAAUGUAUAAGAUUUUGGAAGUAUAAAAAUCACAUCGUGGAAUAGUACACAAAUUAGUAAAACUCGUUAUUGUAUGAGCUUGAAUAAAUCAUUUUAUCUAAUUUUUGUUGCAAUAAAUUAUUUAGUUUUUCAUUUCAAUGUAGUAGUUGAAAUUUUCAUGACUUCACUUGCCAAAUAUUAUAACUUCCAUUAUAAUCAUUUAAUAAUUUUUAUAAUUUGCUAACUGUCAUAAGAGUGGAUGUGAUUUUCAACUCCAUCAGAAAAUGUUAUUUGUGUUGUCGCAGGCCGGACAUGCCAUUUUGUGGCUUUAUUUCAGGCAAGACAACUUUUCAUGCUUGCCCAAUCGUGCAAUUUGUAUAUCUAGAUGUUAUAUAUAUUUUUAUUGGCAUUUUAAAACUUGUCUUUGAUUACGCCAGCCCAAUUAUAUAUGUUUGAUUAAAUUAAUUAUGCGUUCACACUCCCAAACCAUGUCGAAUUGAAAAUAGUUUUUGAUUGAUACUAUCCAUGUAAAAUGUUUGUUUUUAAUGGUUUGAAAUGAUAUAUUUAUUUUAUUUUAAAUAUUCAAGUUUAACAUAGUAUACCGCAUGUAGAAUUUGGUAUAAAGGUGCAUAAAUUGUUUUUAAACAAUAUAAAUUCAUCUUCUGGUUUGUAAAUUGGGAAAAAAAUGUAUAAUUGAGCUGUAACAACUUGAAACUAAAUUUGUCGAAAUUUUCAUAUCAAUGAUUAUAAUCACAUGCAACAGCUCUCAUCCUUGUACACACUGUGCUUUGCAAAGAAAAGCAGUACAAUGUUCGUUACUUUAGUGCAAAUAUUUAUUGUAUUGUUUUAUGAAAUUGUAGGCUCGCUUGAAUUAAUAUUUGGGGAAAGCUCAUUUGCCUGUCUGAUGUAUUGAAAAUAAUAAACAAAUAAUAUAUUGAAGAACUUA